AUGGAUGAGAAUUCAGUCAACAUGGAAUCACGACCAAUUAGCAAGUCGCGAAUACCGCAAGCUGGAUUGGCUGAAAUGAAUUCAGCGAAAACAAACUCGCGAUCUGGUUUGAAAGCCCCUGGGUUUGCUACUUCUGGAAUCAAGCCCUCAGGCAUUGCGAAAGGGGCCACGGCGAGCAAUCUCCAUCAACCGUCCGCAUCUACCUCCAGAAUACCCAAUGGCCCCCCACGUACUCACGCCAGAACGAACUCAUUUUCCUCGUCGGUCUCUACCCGGACGACCCAGUCUAGAACCACGUCGGCCUCUUCAUUUUCUCAGACUGUCGGAUCGGGCUGUCGAGCCGCGGCUUCGAGACCUCAGACAUCUAUGACACAGCGGAGACCGGGCGCAUCCUCCAUCGCGCGACCAUACACCUCACUCGAUACCCAUGAGGAGGAAUCACCGAGCAGCGUGCUAGGCAAAAGAAAGGCCUGGGAACAUGACACUAGGCUACAGGAACUCGAAAAUUUCGCGGACACAUUCUUCAGCAAAAUAUCUCAAGUCGGUCAGAACAGCGAUGUUAUGAAGGAUGCGAUCAAUUUAUACAAAUCACGAGUGGAGGAACUCGAAAAGAAUCGCGACGAGCUUUUGACCAACAAUUGUACGCUUCGUAUUGAGAUGGAAUCAAUGAAGAGUAAACUUUCAACCGCUGAGGAGGCGCUCAAAAUCGCGGAAACUGAACGCGAGAUUGCCGCGGACGAGCACGAGCAACGUUUGCGCAUCGAAAUCGACACCGUUCGCGAGGAAGGUCAAAAGCAAUUACAACAUUUGAUCUCUCAGCAUCAAAACGAAAUUGAGGAUCUACGACGGCGCCAUGACAGGGACCUCGACAGCGAACGCAGUACCUACCAACGAGAAAUCAGCCAAGUAACCUCACAGAACGCGCUCGAUACACAAAAAGUUCAUUUGGAAGUGGCGAACAAAGAUAGGCAGAUUGAAGCUCUCGAGCGUGAUUUGCGUGCCGCACAUGACGAUAUCGAGGCCGAGAAAUCAAAAAAUCGAGAACUUCGUGGCCACUUGGAUACCUCUGGUAGCAACACUUUGACUCUGGAAUCCUCAAUUCGCGCUCUGAAAGCAAGGAUUGAAUUUCUGGAAUCAGGCAGUCAAGAACAAUCUCAAGCGUUUGAGCGCCUUCAGAAACAGUUAGAAGACGCUCUUGCUGAGACCAAUGAAGCGAAAGAGAAGCUACGUAAGGAAGAGACACUUAGACGCAAACUACACAAUCAGGUGCAGGAGUUGAAGGGAAACAUUCGCGUCUUCUGUCGCGUUCGUCCACCUCUCAAUUUCGAGCCGGAGUCUGAUAUCGCUCAAAUCGAAUUCCCCGACGAUGCAGAGGAUUGCAAGGAAAUCGCAGUGAUGGGUCCCGAAGAGAGAAGCAGUCUUGGAACUAUUUCUCGGAAACAGAACGCCUUUUCCUUUGAUCGUGUCUUUGGCCCUAGUAAUCAGAAUGCCGACGUGUUUGAAGAAAUCAGCCAAUUGGUUCAAAGCGCUCUUGACGGCUAUAACGUGUGUAUCUUCUGCUAUGGACAGACUGGCAGUGGAAAGACACACACGAUGUCGUCUGCGGAUGGCAUGAUUCCACGCGCAGUCCACCAGAUCUACGAUACCGCAAAAAGCUUGGAAGAGAAGGGAUGGACCUACACCAUGGAAGGAAAUUUUGUCGAAGUCUACAAUGAAAACUUGAAUGAUCUCCUUGGAAAGGCCGACGAUUUGGAUAAGAAGAAACAUGAAAUCCGUCAUGACAUGCAGAGGUGCAAAACCACGAUCACGGAUAUUAAUACAGUUACACUCGAUUCUCCUGAGAUGGUCGAGUCGAUCCUCAAGCGAGCUGCUGCGAAUCGCUCCGUCGCAGCAACAAAAGCAAACGAGAGAUCUUCGAGAUCACAUUCCGUAUUUAUUCUGCGGCUAAUAGGCCACAACAAAGUAACAGGAGAACGGUGCGAGGGAACCCUCAACCUGGUUGAUCUCGCUGGUAGUGAACGACUUAGUCACAGCGGUGCAACGGGUGAUCGUCUGAAGGAGACACAGAAUAUUAACCGAAGUUUGAGCUGCCUGGGAGAUGUUAUUGGUGCAUUGGGCUCUGGCAAGGAAGGUGGACACAUUCCAUACAGAAACAGCAAGCUCACAUAUCUGUUACAAUUCUCGUUGGGUGGCAACUCGAAGACACUGAUGUUUGUCAUGGUCAGUCCUCUGCAGGCACAUCUUGGGGAGACCUUGACGAGUCUCAAAUUUGCAACAAAAGUACAUAAUACACACAUUGGGACGGCAAAACGUGUCUCAAAGAUACAGAAUUAA